AUGGAGGCUGCUGCAGAACGGGUGGCCGCAACGAAGAUAAAUGCUGUAGGUGAAGAUAGGAUGAAGCAGAACAAGGAGAAUGCGAAGAGAAUAGUCAAUCUCCCAAAUCAACAGACGACAAUGGUUCCGGCCCCCAGCCACCAGACCAACUGGGACACAUACACGACUACACCAGGAGUUGGAAGCUUCGGAUCUCACCCAGCUUACUCGAACAUCAUGAGUUCAUUUCCUUCGCCACAGCUCCAUAAGUCUUUGCUAGCUCCCACACCGACUUCCAAGCGGGAAGAAUAG